GUCAGCGCUAGCAACUGUUGAUUAACAAAGUUGGAAUCCUCAAAUCAAACAGCACUUGCUCAGACUACUAUUCCUGUGACUGGGAGCAGCAAGAAUUCAAAGGCACGGACGGGGCGACAACGACGGCCAUGCGUACUAGUCUGUUCUUCUCUCCAGUCUCCACUCACAUGUGGAUUACGCCCUAAAUAGCCUAGGAUUUUUUGUGUGUAUGUAAAGCCCACCCUUUUGUCUUUCCUCCCAUCUUCUUCGACCGAAUUGAGGAGCGAGACAAGCAGAGGAUAGAGCUUAGCUAAGACAUAGUAACAGAGAAGCAGAGAAUUGAGGAGCUUGAGCUCGCACGCACAUGAGGUGGAGGCUUCCCGCACCUUUCGUCUAGGAUUCUUCCAUGUUUCAGGAACGCAAGCCAUGUCGCCCCUGCUCAUCCAAUUCCUCUGUCUACUCCUCGUCGCAGGUGAGGUGGUGCUGAUCGGCGCGCAGACCGGCGGCGACAAGGAGGUGCUGGUGGAGCUCAAGCGGUUCCUGGUCACGAACAACAGGGUCAACCGCGGCGACUACGACGCGUGGCCGGAGUCGGACCCGUCGCCGUGCCUGUGGCGCGGCGUCCUCUGCGACGCGGACGGCCGCGUCGCCUCCCUGAACCUGUCGCGCUCGAGCAUCUCCGGCGCGGCGUUCGGCAACUUCUCGCGGCUCACGGCGCUCACGUCGCUCGACCUCUCCGACAACUCCAUCACCGGCGUGCUCCCGGCCGCCGACCUCAACCAAUGCCGCGGCCUCCUGCACCUCAACCUCUCCCACAACCUCAUCGCCGGGCCGCUGGACCUCUCCGGCCUGACCAGCCUGCGGGUGCUCGACGUGUCGGGGAACCGGCUCGAGGGCGCCGUCGCCGGCAACUUCCCGGCGAUGUGCGCCAACCUCACCUCGCUCGACCUGUCCACCAACAGGUUCAUCGGCAAUAUAACCGGCCUGUUCGACAGCUGCCCCAGUCUUCAGUACGUCGACCUCAGCUCCAACAAUUUCACCGGCGAGCUAUGGCCGGGCGUCACAAGAUUCAGGCAAUUCAGCGCCGCCGAGAACAACCUCGCCGGGAUCAUUCCGUCGAGCACGUUUCCGGACAGCUGCAGACUCCAGUCCUUGGACCUUUCCGCUAACAAGCUGGCCGGAAACUUCCCGGAUUCCGUCGCCAAUUGCAACAAUUUGACUUACAUGUCGCUGUGGGGGAAUAAAUUCACCGGGAUGAUACCCGCCGGAAUCGGAAGGCUCGCCGUCCUCGAGACGCUGAUUCUUGGGAAGAACGGGUUCCACCGGCAGAUACCGCCGGAGCUGACCAACUGCACGAAGCUUCAGUUCUUGGACAUCAGCAGCAACAUGUUUGGAGGGGAUGUGCAGGAGACCUUUGGCAACUUUGUGAGCUUGAAGUAUCUUGUGCUGCACCACAACAGGUACACCGGCGGCAUCGUGUCCUCCGGCGUGCUGCAGCUGCCGGAGCUCGCCAGGCUCGACCUCAGCUUCAAUGAGUUCACAGGCAAUCUCCCUCUAGAGGUGGCCGACAUGAAGAGCCUCAAGUACCUGAUGCUGGGCGAGAACAACUUUUCCGGCGAGAUACCGCCCGAGUACGGCCGGCUCCCGGAGCUCCAGGCGCUGGACCUGUCUAACAACACGCUCAGGGGCGUAAUCCCGUCGAGCAUAGGGAACCUCACGUCGCUCCUCUGGCUGAUGCUCGCCGGCAAUCAGCUCUCCGGUGAGAUACCACCUGCAAUCGGCAACUGCAGCAGCUUGCUCUGGCUGAACCUGGCCGAUAAUCGGUUAACUGGCAAUAUCCCACCGGAGAUGGCAGAGAUUGGGAAGAACCCUGGACCAACGUUCGCCAAGAACCGGAACGAUCCGAGCGUGCUCGCUGGCUCCGGCGAAUGCCAGGCCAUGAAGCGGUGGAUUCCGGCGAGCUAUCCACCGUUCAGCUUCGUUUACUCCGUCAUGACUCGGGAGAACUGCCGCAGCAUAUGGGACCGCAUCCUCAAGGGCAACGGAAUCGUCCCAAUUUGCACCAACUCCUCGUCGCCGGUGAGGUCCAACACGGUCUCCGGGUACGUGCAGCUAUCAAGGAACUUGCUUUCCGGAGAGAUACCAUCGAGCAUCGGUGCAAUGCGGAACAUCAGCUUGCUCCACCUCGACGGCAACCAUCUAACAGGGCGGCUGCCGCCGGAGCUCAGCCGGCUCCCGCUGGUUAUGCUGAACGUCUCGAGGAACAACAUCUCAGGGCCGAUCCCGCCUGAGAUCGGCGAGAUUCUGUGCCUGGAGAGGAUGGACCUGUCAUUCAACAACCUCUCCGGCGAGCUCCCGCCGAGCCUGUUCAAGCUCACCGACCUGGUUAUCUUCAAUGUGUCAUACAACCCGCUUCUCUCCGGCAAUGUCUCCACCACCGGCCAAUUCGGCACCUUCGACGAGGAGUCCUUCCGCGGCAACCCGCUCAUAUCAUUUAAUCAGGGUGGAGCUGCCGGUAAGCAGCUACCGCGACCAGAAGCUGCCGAUGUCCCUCCGGUUAGGAGACGCAGCAUGCUGCGGAGAACCAUUGUGAUGUGGUUCUUUUUCUCCCUCGUCCUCUCCUUCAUCGCCGGCACCGUCGUAUUCAUCAUCUCCAGCCUGCGCACCAGGUUCCCGGUGGAGCAAGAGCCGGACCAGGAAUCGUUCUCCCGCGAGCACCCCAAGGGCGGCAAGCACUCGUUCCAAAUGUGGACGUCGUCGCCUCCGUCCGGCUCGUCGUCGACGGCGACCGGGUGCUCCUCUUCGACGGAGGGAGUGAAGGUGUUCCGGCUGGACAAGACGGCGUUCACCUACCGCGACAUCGUGGCCGCCACGGGCCACUACGGCGUGCUCCUGAUGGAGCUCGCAACCGGCCGGCGCGCCGUCGACGUCGGCGAGGAGGAGUGCCUCGUCGACUGGGCUCGGCGCACGGCGAAGGAAGGCUGGAAUACAAGGCAUCAAGGAGGGGACGAUCGAUCGACGAUCGGCGCGGUGUUCUGGGAACUGCUCGCGCUCGGCAUGCGGUGCACGGCCGACGCGCCGCACGAGCGGCCCGACAUGCCGGAAGUGCUCGCUGCGCUGCUCGACAUCGCCGCCGCCAACGGCACAACGACGGCGAGUAGUUUAACAUGUUCCAGGACAUAGUUGUUCGAGGUUACGAUACAAAUUGAUUCUUUGUGUACAAAAUUUGGUUGUUUAGUUCAGAUUGGCGUUCAUUCCUGGUGUGAAUUGUAAAUGUACAUAGCUCCUUCUUAGAAGGCACAUGUAUAGCUAGAAGGGAGAUCUUUAUCAAAAAAGCUAGAAGAGAGAUUUUUUGCCGAUAAAAAGGAAGAUUUAAGCAGUA